UGUUUCGAAAGAAUUUUUUACGAAAACACUAAACAGGAUACAGAAACUUUCAAAAUCGUUCCAAUUUUCUAAUAAUUCUUUUUAUAAUGCGAAUAUUUUGUUAUUUCAAUCUUUAAUCAUCGUAUUAUCGAACUGUUCGCGUAAGUAGCCCAGCUGUGUAUUUAGAUUUGGCGAAAUUAAUGGAUAAAUGGACGACGGCCCGUAUCAAAUUCAGACUCGAAAAAUCCCAAAGCAGAACAUCGUUUACCGUCUAAUAAAUCGUCAAAUCUACGGAGUUCAUAAAACCGGAGCCCAUCAAGCAACUCGUUCCUUCUACUUGAACAUUUUCCCUAAUUUUACCGUAGUCAAUGUGGAAAAACCACCGUGUUUCUUACGUAAGUUCAGUCCAAAUGGUCAACACUUCAUAGCAUUUUCAUCCGAUCAAACGUCUCUGGAGAUAUAUCAAUAUAAAGGCUGUACAGCUGCGACCGAUUUGCUGGAAAAAUGCAGCGGAGAGUUCUGCGGUAACACGAGCCAUCCGGAUAGCGAAAACAUAAGGAAUAAUAUCUUCAAUAGGUUAUUCCAAUUGAAAUACACAGUACCUGUAGCUCAAAGCAAUAAACAACUGAAUAGAGAAUGCAGCUUGUUCACCGAAGAUUGCAGAUACGUUAUAGUUGGAUCAGCUGCGUAUAUUCCUGAAGAUAUUCGACCUCAUUUCUACGAAGUGUAUACGAAUAACGAAGCUGUCACUCCGAACACUCGGUUACCUCUGGAAGACAUAUCUUUACAUUUGGUUGAUUUGGAAGCUGGUCGGUUAUGCGAUACGUUGAAUUUCAAGGUGGAUAAAAUCUACCUGUCGCAUAACCAAGGACUGUAUUUGUUUAAAGAUAGAUUGGCUGUUUUAUCGGUGCAACAUCAAACGGUGUAUAUCUAUUUGGUAGUCGAUGGCCUUUUUGUUAAUAUUCGGGUGAUUGGAAGAUUUUGCUAUGAAAAUGAUCAUUUGAUUACUUCUUCGGUGUACGCUUCUUCGAAUCCUUCGCUACUUAAACCGUUCAGAGAAACGUCGAUUAAUUCGUUGAAACAUAGGCUGUUGGUGUUUCUGUAUAAGAAAGCUGCAGAAACAUCGGCCAGGACGAACAAUGCGCUGGCGUUGAGGAAAUUUUACACUCAUUUUGAUCAGUUCAGAGAAUUGAGACUGUGGAAGAUGCAGUUGUUAGAUGAGAAUCACCUGUUGCUGAAGUACGCUUCGGAAGAUGUAGUUGUUCUGAAAACAACUGAAACUAAUUCCCAACCUUCGUUUUUUGUUGUUUAUAAUAUUAUAUCGACCGAAGUGAUCGCUGUGUAUGAAAAUAUCUCCGAAGACUUGCUCUAUUUAUUGGAAAAUUUCACCGAUCAUUUUAGAAACGCUAAACUAAACUCGGAGUCUCAAUAUACGUGUUCUCCUUCGAAUAAUAUGUAUGCUAGAUCAGCAGUUCAAAGAUUCAAGCAAACUAUAAUCAGUGCUCGAUACGGUGGCCCUACCGAAGCCACCAGAAGAAUACUAGCUCAGUUACCAAUCAGCGCUCAGUCUUACAGCUGUACACCGUACCUGGAUUUAUCUCUGUUUAGUUACGAUGAUAAAUGGAUAUCUCCCAUGGAACGACCUAAAGGCUGUGGUGAACAUCCAAUCAGGUUUUACGAAAGACAAUCUGGUCUUUUGAAGUUUAAAAUGUACGCAGGACUGUUAGGAAGAGCGGUGCCGGCAGCUGCUCGACGGUUAGUGGCUUUUAUUUUCCAUCCGACUGAUCCUUUUGCCAUCAGCGUUCAAAGGACUAAUUCCGACUACAUAGUUAAUUUUCAUUUACGUCAUUCGUACAUGAAUGACGUCGCAUUGUGAUUUUUUCAGACUGGUUCCUCUUAAUUUCCCCCCUCUUGGCCCUUAUUAUCACUAUUACGGCUGUUUUUUUUGUAAUAAUUUUUUUUGACGAAUUUUUAAAUAUAUAUUUGAAUUUACAAA